CCAGCUCAUUGCUUUCGUGUCUGUCAAAAGGAAGCGCAUCAAGCAAAAGUUCGGUGUAAUAAAAGCAGAUAACUUUCAUUUCUAUCCAGCAAAUAAAAACAAAAUUGUGGUAUAUCCUCACCGAUUGAGUGUCGCUUUUGGAGCCGAGUAGUAUCGUUUAGUUAUAUUUAGGUUCAUUUAAGAUGAAUAGCCUACUAAAAGCUGUUUUGUUGUUACUGUUCGGUGUGUAUCAGUCGCAAGCGAUUAUGUUUCGACUGCAGCCAAACUUGCAAAAAUGUCUCAGAGAUGAUAUGCAGGGGAAUCAGAUCGUGGCCGGUGAAUACGAGGUGACCGGGGCGCCCGGGCAGAAAAUCAACUAUGUUGUACGGGACAGUAAAGGACACAUUAUGUCCCAGAAAGAAGACAUCAGCAAGGGGAAAUUUACGUUCACUUCGGAAAUGUACGAUACAUUUGAGAUUUGCUUCAUUUCAAACGUUCCCCCAACACAUCGCGGUGUGGAGCAGGAUGUUUCGUUAGAUAUCAAGAAGGGUAUCGAGACCAAAAGCUAUGAAGGUAUUGGCGAGGCUGCUAAGCUCAAACCCCUGGAAGUGGAUCUAAAGCGUUUGGAGGAUCUCUCCGAUGCGAUCGUACAGGACUUUGCGCUGAUGCGGAAGCGCGAAGAGGAGAUGCGUGAUACCAACGAGAGUACCAAUAGCCGUGUGCUGUUUUUCAGUAUCUUCAGCAUGUGCUGUCUGCUCGGAUUGGCCACGUGGCAGGUGCUGUACCUCAGAAGGUACUUCAUCGCCAAAAAGCUCAUCUAAGAUCGCGGUUGGUGCAUCGGCCUGACCGGACGCGAGUCGAAUCGUAUGAGUAUGAACUGGACCUUUGUGUAUAAGCUAUCGAGAGUGUGAGAAUGGUGCGUUUUACCGAUCGAAAAUACAUCGUGAAAGACCACACGCAUGGGAUUCACAAUUUGAACCAUCCUUCAAUCUGUUAGAAUAAUUGAACAAACACUCAUGAGUCUCACGACUACCAGGUUUUAGCAAAAUACGCAUUAAGCAGAAUACUUCUCAAAUUGCGUUUGUAUUUAAUUGGUUCCGUUUUUCCUGAAGACUGGUGCAUGUCCAACAGUGCUAUAUGCCUCGAUAUUUCCUUUUUCGAAACAGGAAUAUUUUUUAUAAAAUUUCGUUUGGUUACCUAACACCAGGUAGGAACGAAAUACUUAAAAAAAAACUUCGAUACUAUCAGUUAGUAAGCUCAAAUAUUUUUUUUGUUUUCGGUUUGCAAUAAUGAAAUAUGUUUUAUAGGUAAUUUAGGUUUCAGCAGAAUAGAUUUGAUACACGCCAACA